CUAUAUAAUCCUCCUUCGCUUGACCUCUUCUUCUACCAAGCACCCAUUCCUCCUCUUUCUCCAUACGUCACGUUGUACGAUGGCCGAAGUCCAGACCGCCCCAGCGACCGUCGAGAUCAACGAUGCUAUCUUUUGUACCCACUACAAGGAAGUCUGCUCGGAUUGUAGCUUUGACGGGAGGGAGGAGAAUGAUUCUUUCUUUGGCCUCGACCCCAUCGAUCGUGAGGGCAUUGAGUGUCCUGCCUCUAUCGUAAACAAGGAUGGUAACUAUCAGUGCAAGAAGCAUGGCUCGACUGGUACGUCCCUUGUCCCGUCCAUCUGCUCCUCUCCCCCACACCCGACACGGAUCUCACCCCUAAUUGGUUUAGGCUGCAACCAGUGUUAUGGCUGGAAGAAGCAGAUUAAUAGAGCGCGUACUGCAGCUAAGAAAGCUGGCAGGAAGUAGCCCCCUUCACUCGUCGCCACCCAUGGGCGUCUCAUGUGUAGUCGCGUGCCCUACUCAAGACGUCAUCGCGCUGCGGUCGCGUGCCUAGGGCUUCGUCGUGUAUACUAUUCAAUGUAUCAAAUUUUCGCGUGUAAAACAAAUCCUGUCGAUUCGAUGUUCGAAGGUCCGGAC